AUGAACCGGAUAACAGUAGAAUACAGCAACGGAUACGAGCAGGAUGAAUACAUGAUGCAAGAGGAAGAGUGGGACAGGGAUCUCCUGUUGGACCCAGCUUGGGAGAAACAGCAGAGAAAGACUUUUACAGCGUGGUGCAACUCGCAUCUGAGGAAAGCAGGAACGCAAAUCGAGAACAUUGAAGAAGACUUCCGGAAUGGCCUCAAACUCAUGCUUCUUUUGGAAGUUAUUUCAGGUGAAAGGCUACCAAAACCAGACAGAGGAAAAAUGCGUUUUCACAAAAUAGCUAAUGUCAAUAAAGCACUGGAUUUUAUUAUUAGCAAAGGGGUCAAACUUGUUUCCAUUGGACCCGAAGAAAUUGUGGAUGGCAAUAUCAAGAUGACUCUGGGUAUGAUUUGGACCAUUAUCCUGCGUUUUGCUAUUCACGACAUUUCAGUUGAAGAAACUUCUGCAAAGGAAGGUCUUCUCUUGUGGUGUCAGAGAAAAACUGCCCCCUACAGGAAUGUCAAUGUCCAGAAUUUCCAUGUCAGUUGGAAGGACGGUCUGUCGUUCUGUGCACUGAUACACAGGCAUCGGCCUGACCUCAUAGACUACGCCAAGCUCAACAAGGAUGAUCCUCUUGGUAAUCUGAACCUAGCCUUUGAAAUUGCAGAAAAGCACCUGGACAUUCCUAAAAUGUUGGAUGCUGAAGAUAUUGUAAACACCCCAAAACCAGAUGAGAGAGCCAUCAUGACCUAUGUGUCCUGCUUCUACCAUGCUUUUGCUGGAGCAGAACAGGCGGAGACUGCAGCUAACAGGAUCUGCAAAAUUCUGGGUGUAAACCAGGAGAACGAGCAGCUGAUGGAGGAAUACGAGAAGUUAGCCAGUGAGCUUCUUGAAUGGAUACGUCGUACCACUCCAUGGCUGGAGAACCGUACCUCAGAGAAGACAAUGGCAGCCAUGCAGGCCAAGCUGGAGGACUUCCGGGACUACCGACGCCUACACAAGCCACCCAAGGUUCAGGAGAAAUGCCAGCUGGAGAUUAACUUCAAUACACUGCAGACCAAGCUCCGCAUCAGCAACCGGCCCUCCUUCAUGCCUUCGGACGGGAAGAUGGUGUCGGACAUCGCAGGUGCCUGGCAGGGACUGGAGCAGGCUGAGAAGGGCUACGAGGAGUGGCUCCUGAAUGAGAUUCGCAGGCUGGAACGUCUGGAGCACCUGGCUGAGAAAUUCCGCCAGAAAGCCUCCACCCAUGAGAACUGGGCUCAUGGUAAGGAGCAUAUUUUGUCCGAGAAGGACUAUGAGUCAGCAUCCCUAAUGGACGUCCGUGCCUUACUAAAGAAACACGAGGCCUUUGAGAGUGACCUGGCAGCCCAUCAAGAUCGAGUGGAGCAGAUUGCAGCCCUUGCACAGGAGCUAAACGAGCUGGACUACCAUGCUGUAGCUGCAGUGAAUGAGAGGUGCCAGAAGAUAUGUGAUCUGUGGGAUCAGCUGGGGACCCUGACCCAGAAACGCAGGGAGGCACUCGAGAGGACUGACAAACUGCUGGAAACUAUUGAUCAGCUUUUCCUGGAAUACGCUAAGAGGUCAGCACUGUUCAACAACUGGAUGGAGAGUGCGAUGGAGGAUCUACAGGACAUGUUCAUUGUGCACAGCAUUGAGGAGGUUCAGAAUCUGGUUUCGGCUCAUGAGCAGUUCAAGGCCACCCUGCCAAUGGCGGACAGCGAGAGGCAGGCCAUCUUUGGGAUCCACAACGAGGUGCAGAAGAUUACCCAGAGCUAUGGCCUCAGAGGCAGCCUGACCAACCCUUACAGCACCAUCAGCCCGGAGGAGAUCCAUGCCAAGUGGGACAAGGUGAAGCAGUUGGUCCCCCAGCGAGACAGUUCCCUCCAAGAGGAGCUAAGUCGCCAGCACUCAAACGAACGCCUCAGGCGCCAGUUUGCCUCCCAGGCCAACCUCAUCGGGCCCUGGAUACAGACAAGAAUGGAGGAAAUUGGACAUUGUUCUGUUUCGUUGAACGGGACCCUUGAGGAUCAGAUGAUUCAGCUGAAGCAGUAUGAGGACGUCAUUGUCAACUAUAAACACAAUAUCGACCAUCUGGAGGGCGACCACCAGCUCAUACAAGAAUCGCUUAUCUUUGAUAACAAGCACACCAACUACACUAUGGAGCACAUCCGUGUUGGCUGGGAGUUUCUGCUGACCACUAUUGCCCGGACGAUCAAUGAAGUCGAAACUCAGAUUCUGACCCGAGACGCCAAGGGCAUCAGCCAGAAGCAGAUGAAUGAGUUCCGCUCGUCCUUUAACCACUUUGACAGGAAGAAGAAAGGAGCGAUGGAAACAGAUGACUUCAGAGCGUGCUUGAUUUCCAUGGGAUACGACUUGGGUGAGGUGGAAUUUGCCCGCACCAUGACGAUGGUGGACCCCAACGCUAUCGGGGUGGUGUCUUUCCAGUCCUUCAUUGACUUCAUGACCAGAGAGACCGCUGAGACGGAUACAGCAGAGCAGGUCAUUGCCUCAUUCAGGAUCCUGGCAAGUGAUAAGCCAUACAUCCUGGAAGAGGAGCUGAGGAGGGAGCUGCCCCCAGAACAGGCAGAAUACUGCAUCAUGAGGAUGCCCCCCUAUCGCGGGCCUGGGGCAGCACAAGGGGCCCUGGACUUCUCCUCCUUCUCCACUGCGCUGUACGGAGAGAGUGAUCUUUAAGGUUGCAUGCAGGUCCUUGGAUGAGAUUUCUUAUCCACACACAUAAAUCAUACAAGUUUUCCAAAGUAAAACAGCUUAGUGAUUUAUAGCACAGUACAAAAGAUAGGUUCUACAUAUUUGCGGAGUGUGGCAUAAUUGUUAGUCUUUAUGAAAGUAACAUGAAUUAUCUGUUUUGGCUACUUCAAGCAGAAUCAGUUAAAUGACUUUGAUCUUCAAUGCACUUUUCUCUAGUAUAUAUACUAACAGACAAAUCUUACAAUUAACUAAGAAAAUGUUGCACCACAUAGAGAACUGAGGUUGUAUGACAUGUCCAAUGAAUUUUAAUCACUGCAUUCUUAAGACAAAAAAUAUUGGUGACCAUAGACAUAUAAAAACAGCACAGUUUGGUUUUCAUUAAAGGAUUUCGUUAGUGAAUAAAUUCUUUUGGGUUAUUUAGGACAAUGGGAUUGAAAUAGCCAAUAAUUUGUUAUUCUUAAAAGGUAUAAUAAAAAUUAUACCUACCAAAAAUCUGGAAAAUCAGAACCCCUGCUUCAGAAAUGCUAUGAAACCAAUUUCUUUGUUGGACUCAUUUCACCUGGUUACAACUUAAUAAAAAAUAUAAUGACAACUGAUGUUCCUGAUUUCUCUUUCACUGAAAGUCUUUCACAGUUCAGUAAGUGCAAAUGUUUAUACCCACAGUUACUGGAAAAAUUAAUCGGUCUACUACAUUUGCUAACUAAAGAUCAGGGUCAACUUGGUAUUCUGUGUUCGGCAUCAAAAUCGGAAACAUGCUGAAAAAAUGGAAAAUUUAUUUGUAUUUUUGUUUAAGUAAGCUAGUAAAUUUUAAAGCUUACAUGACUGGUUGUAAAAGUGAAUAUACAGAUUAACUGCAGUGGGAGGUAAUUGUGAAGUUAGUAGGAGAGUACACCUGUGAUAGUAAAAGCUUGUGGUGAAAAACUUGAAAAUAUCUAGGACAUUUUUUUUUUUGCCAUUGUCUCUACCGAAAAAACAAUACACUGGUCACAUUAGCUGGUUUGGGCUUUAAGGUUCCAUCUUCCAAGGACUCUUUCUGUCUAGUCUCUUUCAAUUCAUUUAACUUAUGCUUUUUGAAUAAAAAUCUAACUUUGCACUAA